AUGUCGGCUUCAACUGAGAAGGAGACGGGCGCUCCUGCCGCGUCUCACGUCCAUCUGGCGACGACGCAGGAUGUUGAGCGCAUCGAGGCGCCAGUUACCUGGCAGGCGUACCUGAUCUGCGCCUUCGCCUCGUUUGGUGGUAUCUUCUUUGGUUACGACUCUGGCUAUAUCAACGGUGUUUUGGGCUCCCGAAUCUUCAUCGACGCCGUCGAGGGUGCCGCGGCGAAUGCAAAGUCAGUUUCCGAGUCGCACCAAUCGCUUAUUGUGUCUAUCCUCUCCUGCGGUACAUUCUUCGGCGCGCUCAUUGCUGGUGACGUCGCCGACAUGAUCGGCCGCAAAUGGACCGUCAUCUACGGCUGCGUCAUCUACAUGCUUGGUGUUGUCGUCCAGAUGUUCACCGGUAUGGGCGAUCCUCUUGGCGCCAUUGUCGGCGGCCGUCUCCUUGCCGGUAUUGGUGUCGGCUUCGAGUCUGCUAUUGUCAUUCUGUACAUGUCCGAGAUUUGCCCCCGUAAGGUUCGUGGCGCGCUGGUCGCGGGCUACCAGUUCUGCAUUACCAUCGGUCUCAUGCUUGCGUCUUGUGUCGUCUAUGCCACCCAGGGGAGGCCCGACACGGGAUCCUAUCGCAUCCCGAUCGCCAUCCAGUUCGUCUGGGCCCUCAUUCUGGGCGGUGGUCUGCUCUUCCUUCCCGAUUCGCCCCGUUACUUUGUCAAGCGAGGCAACCUUCAGCGUGCUACCGACGCUCUUUCCCGCCUCCGUGGCCAGCCCCGCGACUCUGAAUACAUCCAGGUUGAACUCGCCGAGAUCGUGGCCAACGAGGAGUACGAGCGGCAGCUCAUCCCUUCGACCACUUGGUUCGGCAGCUGGGCGAACUGCUUCAAGGGCUCCCUCUUCAAGGCCAACUCGAAUCUUCGCAAGACUAUUCUCGGCACUUCUCUUCAAAUGAUGCAGCAAUGGACCGGUGUGAACUUCAUCUUUUACUACUCGACCCCCUUCCUGCAGUCGACGGGCGCAAUUGACAACACGUUCCUCAUCUCCAUGGUCUUCACCAUCAUCAACGUGUUCUCGACCCCAAUCUCCUUCUGGACCGUCGAGAGGUUCGGCCGUCGCACCAUCCUCUUCUGGGGUGCCUUGGGCAUGCUCAUUUGCCAGUUCCUUGUCGCCAUCAUCGGCGUCACGGUUGGCUUCAACCACACCCACCCUAACCCGGCUGAUCCUUCGAAGAGCCUUGCCGAUAACGUUUCGGCCGUCAACGCCCAGAUCGCCUUCAUUGCCAUCUUCAUCUUCUUCUUCGCCUCAACAUGGGGUCCUGGCGCGUGGAUUCUCAUCGGCGAGAUCUUCCCGCUGCCGAUCCGCUCUCGUGGCGUUGGUCUUUCGACGGCCUCCAACUGGCUCUGGAAUACCAUCAUUGCCGUCAUCACUCCUUACAUGGUGGGUGAAACUCGCGGCAAUCUGAAGUCGUCCGUCUUCUUCGUCUGGGGCGGUCUCUGCACAUGCGCCUUCGUCUACACCUACUUCUUGGUGCCCGAGACCAAGGGUCUGUCGCUUGAGCAGGUUGACAAGAUGAUGGAGGAGACCACCCCGCGCACCUCGGCCAAGUGGAAGCCGACAACCACCUUUGCCGGCGCCGCCGCCGGUCACGAUGGCUACCUCGAAAAGGGAACUGACGCUGCAGUCUAA